UCCAGUCUCAACGGCAAUCCCGACUUUAUUGUCUUCUACUUCUCCCUCUCACCCCCAUCGCUCGACUCCGCUCGAUCCCCCUCGUCUCGCCACGACGCUCCGCAAGUGUCAUUGCGCCAUCGUGCUACACAAAACGGCCACAUUUAUGGCCUCGAGGCGACUCACUUCCCUUCUCCCCACUCACUUGUUCCGCACCCCGUCGUCCUUCCCAUCGCGCACUCUAAUCGCCACAAUGUCCACCUCGGCAUCCACCUCGAUGCCCAAGUGGUACAAGCCUGAGCCCUCUGUUGAAGAUCCCGUCCUUCGUGUCUUCAACUCACUCACCCGCUCCAAGGACGUCUUCGUCCCCUCCCGCGGCCGCCAGGUGGACUGGUACAACUGCGGCCCGACCGUGUACGAUGCCACCCACAUGGGCCAUGCGCGCAAUUACCUCACCCAGGACAUUGUCCGCCGCAUCCUGCAGGACUACUUCAACUACGAUGUCAACUUUGUCAUGAACAUUACCGACAUUGACGACAAGAUCAUUAUGCGCGCACGUGAGGGAUAUCUUCUCGCCCAGACCAUCGAGCAGAACUCCAAGGUCACCCCCGAGCUGAUCAAGGAGGCGCGCGAGGCGUUCGCACAGUACCUUCCCAAGCUUGUGAAAAACCUUCCCUCGCCAGUCGAGAGUGGCAGCGACGAUGCUCUAACGCAGUUUGGCGCUAUCGAGAAGAAGGCCGCAGGGGACGCCGCCUUUGUCGCCGCUGGAACCGAGAAAGAGGAGAAGUUCGCGCUCUACAUCACGUCGCUGGGCAAGGCGCGCGAUGCCAUUGUCGCCGCUGAGAAGGGGCAGGGGUCGACCAAGGACCUUGUAGAAGGCACGGCCGACGUGCUUGGUCCCUACCUUGGCGCGACCAAGGGCGCGUCGAUUCCGAAUCUCGUCGAGGUGUCGCGCGCCCUCGCAUCAAAAUGGGAGAAGGAGUUCUUCAAGGACAUGAAGCGCCUGCGGGUGCUGCCACCUGACCUGGUCACCCGUGUCUCCGAAUACGUGCCAGAGAUUGUCACUUUCAUCCAGAAGAUCAUCGACAACGGCUUCGCGUACGAGUCAGAAGGGAACGUGUGGUUCAACGUCGACAAGUUUGAGGGCGCCGAGGGUGACGGGUUCCGCCAUGAGUACGCCAAGCUCCAGCCGUCGUCCAAGGGCAACCGCAAGCUGCUUGACGAGGGGGAGGGUGCGCUCACAGGCUCGCACGGGAAGAAGUCGUCAGCCGACUUUGCGCUUUGGAAGGCGUACAAGCCCGGAGAACCAGCGUGGCCGUCGCCGUGGGGCGAGGGCCGACCCGGCUGGCACAUCGAGUGCUCGGUGAUGGCAUCGGCUGUGCUCGGCGACGGCAUGGACAUCCACUCCGGUGGUGUCGACCUCAUGUUCCCGCACCACGACAACGAGCUGGCCCAGUCUGAGGCCGCGCUUGGCUGCAGGCAGUGGGUCAACUAUUUCCUGCACACGGGGCAUUUGCACAUUGAGGGUCUGAAGAUGUCCAAGUCGCUCAAGAACUUCAUCUCCAUCGACGAGGCGCUGAGGGAUUACAGCGCGCGCCAGCUGCGACUGGCGUUCAUGCUCCAGACAUGGAACUCGCGCAUGGACUUCAGGCGAGACCUCGUGUCAGACGUUAAGACCAAGGAGGAGUCGUUUGACAAGUUCUUUGCCAACGUCAAGGCCCGUAUCUCUGAAACUGCGGCCCGUGUUGGCGACGGCGAUGACUCGGACGGCAAGCACCACUUUGACGAGCUGGAGAAGAAUCUCUUUGCUGACUACCACAAGGCGCAGCACGACUUCCGUGUUGCGCUUUGUGACUCGUUCAACACGGCCCAGGCGCUGAAUGUGCUUCUUGACCUUGUGGGCGCGGUCAACAUCUAUUUCCGCGCCCGCGGCGCCGACUACAACAUUCAGCCUGUCCGCACCAUUGCGCAGUGGAUCACGCGCAUGCUCAACAUGUUCGGGUUGGGUGAGGGGCCUGCUGUGGCCUCGGCCGGCGCGAUCGGGUGGGGCAAGGAGGGAGACUCUGGCGCCGGGGCCGACCUCGAGGCUCAGCUGGACAAGUACAUCCGGGCUAUCGCGUCGUUCCGUGACGACGUGCGCCGCCUCGCGAUCCAGGGCGACGCGGCGCUCUCAAAGGACAUUCUGAGCCUGUGUGACACGUUCCGUGACAAUGACCUCGUCGAGCUUGGCGUCCAGCUCGAGGACGGGCAGGGCAAGGACGGCGCUGCGCUGUACAAACUCGUGGACCCCGCUGUGCUGCGCGCUGCGCGUGAGGAGAAGGCUAAGGCUGCGGCGGACAAGGUGGCCAAGAAGGAGGCGGCGCGCAAGGCCGAGGAGGCCAAGCGGCUGGCACAGCUGGAGAAGGGCCGCGUUGCACCGGCAGACAUGUUCAAGCCGCCCAACGUGCCCGAGGGCACGUGGACGAAGUGGGACGACGCCGGCGUGCCGACGCACGACGGGCAGGGGGUUGAGGUGUCCAAGGGCCAGAGCAAGAAGUUCGCCAAGGAGCGCAAGGUGCAGGAGAAGCUGCACGAGGCGUUCAAGACGUCGCAGCGGGGGGCUUAGAUAGAUGCAUGGUAGUCAUCAUGUCACAUCACGUUGCUCGAUG